AUGAGAGAAGCCAUUGAGGAAGUUGCAUGCCGUAGAAUACUAAGGAGGAAGGUGUCAAAAUUUACUCAAUGGGAUAAAUCUAUGGAGGAGAUAUGGGCUGGGCUUAAGGAGGUCACAGGUACAGUGAUGUACAAACAAAGAGAUCGUAGCAUGAUUUGCUGGAGGAAGCCGGUCUCAGGAAAAUACAAACUGAACUUCGAUGGGGCUGCCCAAGGCAACCCGGGGGAGGCAGGAUUUGGGGCUAUAGUAAGAAAUUGCCAAGGAAAAUGUGUCGCGGCUGCCCAUGGCUACAUUUGCACAGCCACCAACAAUAAGGCUGAAUUAAUAAGACUGAGAAGGGGGUUGAUUCUGUGCAGGGACAAAGAUUUUUCCAAUGUUGACAUAGAAGGCGACUCGCAACUUGUGAUCAAUGCCAUAUCCAAGGGACAAAUAGCAAACUGGAAACUCAAACAGUGGAUCCCAGGAAUACAAAAUUUGAUCAAUCUUCUCUUAGAUUACGCAAUCGCACACAAUUAUAGGAAAGGCAAUCGGGCGGCAGACUGGUUGGCAAAUGAAGGAGUGCAGGCUUGA